AUGACCCGUCCUGACUGGACGCAAAAGCAGAAUGUCUCGGCGCUGGCCGUCGAGAUGGUAGAGGUUUCUGCUAUGAAGGACCCGGUUGAUCUUAACAAGGAGCUCCCUAACCAUCCUGAGCUGCCUGAUGCUGCUUACCACCUUCUACCUGACGACAAAGAUGGAACGAGUCCACUCUCCGAAGAGGAUGCCGCCUAUGCACACCUGCCUCACGAUGAAAAGCACAUACUGAAGAGUCAGCUGGACCAACCAAAUCCCAAGGUCUCUUUAUUUGGGCUUUACAAGUUUGCAUCUCGUCGCGAUCUGAUCAUUGUGACUAUCAGUGCAUUAUGUGCAAUCACUGCUGGCAUUGCGCAACCUCUGUUCGCACUUAUUUUCGGUUCGAUGAGCUCCAACCUUUCCAAAGCUUCUGGUGGUGCCAUGGAUAAAGAGGCUUUUAUGCGCGAGCUCAAUCACAAUGUUCUAUACUACGUUUUUUUGGGAUUUGGCGAGUUUAUCACUGUGUACAUCAGCAUGGUUGGUUUUAUGCAUACGGGUGAGCACAUCACCCAGCAAAUCCGGGAGAAGUACCUUGAAGCUAUUCUGCGCCAGAAUAUUGGCUACUUUGAUAAGCAAGGCACCGGUGAGAUCACAACUCGCAUUACUGGAGAUACAAACCUGAUCCAGGAGGGUAUCUCAGAGAAGGUUGGCCUGACCUUGACGGCUAUCUCCACCUUUAUUACUGCCUUUAUUGUCGCCUACUGCAAGUACGCCAAGCUGGCCGGUAUUUGUACCUCGACAGUGGUAGCCAUGGUACUGCUGGGGUCAAUCGGAUCACGCUUCAUUGUCAAAUAUAGCGAGCUUUCUCUGCAGAGCUACAGUGCUGGUGGCACUGUUGCCGAAGAAGUGAUCAGCUCAAUACGCAACGCCACCGCGUUCGGCACUCAGGACAAGCUUGCGCGACAGUAUGAGGGUCAUUUAAAGAUGGCUGAGCGGUGGGGGAUACGGAUGCAGACAGCCGUGGGGCUCUUGGUUGCUGUCAUGUUCUCUAUCAUGUUUCUGAACUAUGGCCUGGGCUUCUGGAUGGGAUCUCAAUUCCUAGUCAAGGGUGAAAUCGACGUCGGAGCCGUUCUCACUAUUGUGAUGGCCAUUCUCACGGGCUCCUUUAGUCUAGGUAACAUCAGCCCUAACGCUCAAGCCUUCACCAAUGCCGUGGCCGCUGCCACUAAAAUAUUCGGUACGAUCGAGCGCAAUUCCCCGCUCGACCCGACUUCUGAUGAGGGUCUUUGCCUGCCCUCCAUCAAUGGGGAUAUCCGCUUCAACAACGUCAAACAUAUCUACCCCUCCCGUCCUGAUGUGACGGUUAUCAAGGAAAUGAAUUUAACAUGUCCCGCGGGCACCGUCACUGCUCUAGUUGGGCCUUCAGGUUCUGGCAAGUCCACCGCAGUGGGACUGAUUGAGCGAUUUUACUUACCUGUCAGCGGAACUGUAUCCCUCGACGGCCAUGAUCUCCGAGAUCUUAACCUAAGAUGGUUGCGCCAACAGAUCUCUUUAGUGAGCCAGGAGCCUGUUCUCUUUAGAUCCAGCAUAAGCCAAAAUAUUCGCUACGGUCUGAUUGGUACCCGUCACGAAUAUAAGCCCGAAUGGAGGAUCCGGGAGCUGAUUGAGAACGCUGCUAAGAUGGCUAACGCCCAUGAUUUCAUCACCGCUCUUCCCGAGGGAUACGAAACAAAUGUUGGCCAGAGUGGCUUUCUGUUAUCUGGUGGACAAAAGCAGCGUAUCGCAAUUGCCCGAGCUGUUGUGUCGAAUCCCAAAAUUCUUCUGCUGGAUGAGGCGACCUCUGCCCUGGAUACAAAGUCUGAGGGCGUAGUGCAAGCUGCCCUUGAUAAGGCUGCCGAGGGGCGCACUACGAUCGUCAUUGCCCACCGACUAUCUACCAUUAAGAACGCCAACAAUAUUGUCGUGUUCGUCAAGGGCGAGAUCCAAGAGCAAGGCACCCACGAAGAGCUGCUUAGAAAGAGGGGUCAUUACCAUACUUUGGUCGCGGCCCAGCACAUUGCCGAAAAAAAGGAUGAGCAAUCGGACCCUGACAUGUUUAUCGAGCAGUCCCAGCCUCGAUACAAGUCUAUAUGGCGUGCGUCGAUGGCAGAUCCUUCUUCUAUGUUCCGUCGCGGAUCAGUAGCUCGCCGUGGUUCUAUUUUGCGCCAGGGGUCUAUUGUUCGCCAUGGAUCCGUGAUGCGCAAAGGCUCCGUUAUUCUUCAUGACACUCUUAGUCGCCACGGCUCUGUGGCCAGAAAUGGCCCCAUAGCUCAUCCUUGCCCGGCAUUACGCCCUCAGUCGAUGUUUAACCCUGGCAUACGUGGGUCAUGGAAUCGUGGCUCGUUGAUACGUCCACCUACCUUCUAUCCUGAUAAUAAUCAACGUGCUACUAUGUUGCUUCGCCCUGAAGAUCGUGCUGCCCUCGGUCUGUUCUCGCAAGAUAUCUCGAAAACUAUGGAUUCGAUCCGGCCUGUCAACCCAACUGAAUACCUGCGCCACAGCUUCAUCAGCAUGCAAGCAGCUGAUGAUGACUCCAAUUCCAGCUUCAUUCUUGCGGAAGAAGAAGUCGAGGAAUCCCAGCAAUACUCCCUAUUCUCCCUGAUUCAAUUUACCUUUGGAUUCAACGCGGAUCAGUGGAAGGUCCUGACGGUUGGAUUUAUCGCUGCAAUGCUCGCUGGCUGUGGUCAGCCUAUUCAAGCUUUCUUGUACUCGCACGCAAUCGAGGCUAUCUCCCUCCCUCCGAAUAAGUACACCGAGCUUCGCUCUGAUGUCAACUUCUGGUCCUUAAUGUUCUUGGUAACUGGAAUCGCUCAGUUAUUUACACAUGGAACCAUGGGUGUCUGCUUUGCGUACUGCUCUGAGCGCUUGAUUUACAACGCCCGUAGCAAGGCUUUUCGCGCCAUACUCCGCCAAGACAUGAACUUUUUCGAUCGCGAGGAGAACAGCGUCGGUGCUCUGACAUCUUUCCUUUCGACGCAAACCAAAUCGCUCGCUGGUAUUAGCGGUCAGACCUUGGGGACCAUUCUAUCAUGCAGCACCACUUUGGUCGUCAGCAUAACAAUUGGUCUUGCUUUCAGCUGGAAACUAGCUCUGGUUGUCAUGUGUGGUGUCCCUGUUCUCCUGGCAUGUGGCUACUACCGGUUUGAGAUGCUUGCCAAAUUCCAGAGCCGCUCUAAGGAAGUGUAUGCGCAGUCUGCUGCUUAUGCCUGUGAAGCUACUUCCUCCAUUCGUACCGUCGCUGCGCUUACCCGUGAGGAUGAUGUGGCAAGGCACUUCCAUGAGCAACUGGAGGCUCAAACCCGUAGGAGUCUUAUUGCUGUUGCCAAAUCUUCGACUCUCUAUGCUGCUUCUAUGGCCAUGGUUUUCUUCUGUGUUGCUCUCGGUUUUUGGUGGGGUGGUACUCUUGUAUCUCGUGGUGACCUUGACCUUCUAGGAUUCUUCGUCUGCUUCACCGAGAUCUUAUUUGGUGCUCAAUCGGCUGGUAUGGUGUUCUCCUUCUCCCCUGACAUGGGAAAAGCCAAGAACGCCGCCAUCCAGACCCGUAUUCUCCUAGAGCGCGAGCCGCCCAUCGACACCUGGUCCGAAGAGGGCGAGCGUGUCUGGAAGAUGCAGGGUGAGGUUGAAUUCCGUGAUGUUCAUUUUUGCUACCCCACUCGUCCGGAGCAGCCUGUUCUGCGCGGUCUGGAUCUGACUGUCAAACCUGGUCAAUAUGUCGCGCUAGUCGGACCCUCUGGAUGUGGAAAAAGCACCACUAUCUCUCUAUUGGAGCGCUUUUAUGACUGCUUGGAUGGCGGUGUGUACGUUGAUGGCCGCAAUAUUGCCGACCUAAACGUCAAGUCCUAUAGAGAGCACCUUGCCUUGGUUAGCCAAGAGCCUACUCUCUACCAAGGUACUAUAAAGGAUAAUAUCAUGAUGGGUGUUGGGCGACGCCACGCGACUGAUGCGGACGUCGAGCAGGCUUGCCGUGAUGCUAACAUCUACGACUUCAUCACGUCCCUCCCUGAGGGUUUCAACACCGUCGUUGGCAACAAAGUGUUAUCUGGUGGUCAAAAGCAGCGCAUAGCCAUUGCUCGAGCUCUUUUGCGCCGCCCCAAGAUCUUAUUGCUGGAUGAAGCUACGUCGGCUCUUGAUUCUGAAUCCGAGAAGAUUGUGCAGAGUGCCUUAGACGCUGCUGCUAAGGGUCGCACCACCAUCGCCGUUGCACACCGUCUGAGCACGAUCCAGAAUGCCGACAUCAUCUACGUGUUUGAAGAUGGCAAGAUUGCAGAGGCCGGAAACCACAUCGAGCUGAUGAGGAAGAGGGGCCGUUACUUUGAGCUUGUCAACCUUCAGAGCCUGGAAAAGGCAGAAUAG